AUGGCCGACGCCACGCUCACUCGGGCCCUGGACGAGCGCCUACAAUCUCACUCGCUGGUCGUGCCGACCGACGACCUGCGCGUCCAACAGCGUCUUCGAGAGCUGAAGGAGCCCAUCUGGACAUUCGGAGAGCGCAAGGAUGAUAGGCGCGUCAGGCUGAGGGAAUGCCUUUUGAGGGAAAAGAUCAGGAGAAAAGAGGCGGGAGAGGAGGAGCAGGAGGAGGAGGUAAGGAGCGAGAGCGAGAGCGAGGAUGAGCAAGAGGAGGAGUUCUUUACAGAAGGUACAGAGGAGCUCUUGAGCGCUCGGAGAAGGUUAGCGGGAUGGAGCUUGAUCUCCGCCCGGACACGACACGCCCACGAGCUAGCUCAGAGCAAGAUAUCGCUGCAGAAGAUCGUAGCGAGGAGGAGGGAGAUCUACGAACCUCUGAAACGCUAUCAAAAUCUCGGAUCCCAGCUGGGCGAUACGCGACCCAUUUCCAGCGUUCGCUUUUCUCCCGGGAAGACGUUUACUCACGGGGAAGAAGAGAACAGGACCAAUGGUCGAUUUUUGGCGACGGCUUCGUGGGGAGGCAGCGUCAAGCUGUGGACAUUGCCGGAUGCCAAGGUCUACGCAGAGCUAGGCGGUCACCCCAAUGAGAGAGUCACAGGUCUCGCCUGGCAUCCUUUUGCCGGAUCAGGCUUCUCGAAUCCGCACGAGAGUGUGCAGCUGGCUAGUGCGGCCAGCGAUGGGCUCAUCAAGCUUUGGUCGGUGCCUAGACCGAAGAAGGAAGGCGAGAAGAGCUCGACAGCUCCACUGAGCACGCUCAAGGGCCACGACGCACGAGUAGCCCGCAUCUCCUUCCAUCCGACUGGCUCACACCUCGUAUCGGCGUCUUAUGACGGGACCUGGAGGCUAUGGGACGUGCAGAGUGGGAAAGAGUUGCUGGUACAGGAAGGACACUCGAAGGAAGUUUACUGUGUGGACUGGCACCCGGACGGUGGUCUCGUCGGAAGCGGUGGGCUGGACGCGCUGGGUCGAUUGUGGGAUGUGAGAUCAGGAAGGUCCGCCAUGGUUUUGGAUGGACAUGCUCGCGAAAUCCUCUCGCUCUCUUUCGCUCCCAACGGCUACCAAGUCGCUACCUCGUCUGGCGACGACACGGUACGGAUAUGGGAUCUGCGACAACUACGAUGCAGGAACAUCCUCCCCGUCGGCAAGAGCAGCGUUUCGGAGGUCUGCUGGUACAAGUCCGACUUGGAGCGCAAGUCUCACUUUGGCCGAAUGAGAGAUUUAGCUGGUGCAAAGUCGGCCAGCGACGAUUCGAGCUCGAUGAAGGAAGAGGAUGGAGAGAUGAGAAUGGAUACGAGCGGUAGCUACCUCGUCACUGCUGGCUACGAUGGAUUGGUCAAGCUCUGGUCGGCGGAUGACUUCCAACUGCUUAGGGUCCUCGACUCGGGCUCGGGCGUGCCUGGAACGGCUGACAAGGUGAUGAGCGUCGAUGUGGAUUCGGAGGGCCAAAGCAUCGUCAGCGGACAUUAUGGCAAGACGUUCAAGAUCUGGGGAGUCCUUUGA